AUGAAAGUUCGCCUGAGUUAUGUUGCCUUAUUUUCUCUGAAUGUGUUAGUAGUUUACUCUCUUGAUGCUUCAACUGUUGUUUUCGCUAUCAAAGCAGGAGGCUCAUCUCACAUGUCCUCUUUCGGGUUUUCAUACUCUGAUGAUAUCUAUUAUCCAGCAGGAACCUAUAUUUAUACUACAACAAGCCACAUAGCUCAUACAGAAAAUGAAUUUGUUUACCAAUCUGAAAGAUGAUAUAUAGGGAUUUGAGGAUAUGACCUUCCUAUUAGCGCUGAUGGAACAUACGUACUUAUUCUUCAAUUUGCUGGCUUCCCCUCUCUAUGACGAACAAACCAUAGGAAAAAUCUCUUGCCCAAAAACCCAUCCUCUGUGAGCGAACAAAAAUUUUUUAGAAAAAAAAUUCGAUAUAUAAAUGAUAAUUAUUAUAAUGAAAUCUCUAGCCAAUUCUGAUUGAUUUUAAACAACUUGCGUUUUAAAAUAUAAAUUUCAUAAAUUAAAUAAUUUUUCCUUCUUAGUUGGAAUUUUUUAAAUUUAUAAAUUUUAACCAGGAGUGAAUAAAAUUUUUUUGUUCGCUCACACGGAGAGCGGAGUGAGAUAUAUUAUUCAAUUGCCAAUGCCAGAGUAUGAAAUGUCAAAAUUGGAGAUUAUAUUGCUUAUAAUAAUUUAGACGUAGUUGGGACUGUAGGAGCAAUGACUGCUUAUGAUAUUUUUAUACCUUUUACACUAUCAAGUGGAACCAUUUCAAUUGCUGGAAAUACAAUUACUGGAGCUUAUUCAGCAGGAAAAUUGGUUAUUAGAUUUUACCCAGUUAAAAAUAAUCCAACACUCUCAGGAAUAAUUUUGGUGAGAGGUGAUUGCAGUGUGGCUGAUUAUUGUAAUAUGUGCUAUCAGCCAAGAUGCUUGGAAUGCAAUACGGCUGAUUUAAAUUGCAAAACCUGUAUUGAUAAUGCUAGUUCUGUUUCUGGAGUAUGCCAAUGUAAUGCAAACUCUAUUUGGGUUGCCUCUUCAAGAAAAUGCGUUAUUUGUGACAAAUUAUGCACAUCAUGUAGUUCAGAAAAUGUUUGUGCAAGUUGCUCAACAAAUGUGCUGAUUUCAAAUGUUUGCUUAAGAGCGUGCCCUUAUGGAUUUGGCACAUCUUGUGCUUCAGUUUCAACAGCAGUUAUUGAUCAAAAUUUUGCUGAUUAUUUUUAUGGGGAUUAUGGAUUAUUUCAAACAGGGACAAGUUCAAGCAGCUAUACCAAACACACCUUUACUGAGCAGCAGUAGGUAUACUUAUUCUUUUUUACUUGCAGAUUGGCAGUCAAGAGCAAUAUAUAAAUAGCAAAUUUCGACUUUGCUAGAUUUUUUAAAAAAAUUGGAAUUAUAAGUUAUUUGGAACUCUAAAGAGUACCAAUAGCUAAAAGACUCAUUUAAUUUAAAUCUAUAAAGACGCCUAAGUUAUAUUAUUUUUUUAAUACUCCUGAAACAGUAGACCCCAUCCCUUCAAAAAACCGAGGGCUUUAUUUUUCUGGAGGCUCAUAUCUUCAAACAACUUCAAUUGUUUAUAUUUCACUUAAUUUUUCAAUUGGAAUGUGAGUUUGAAUAUUAUCUGGUUCUAGAGAUAUCUUGACAAAUAGUUCUGGAUAUAAAAUAACUGUAUCUGCAAGUGGAGUUUUGACAAUUAUACUAGAGGAUAAGGUGCAAGCUAUGACCACAGUAACGACAGCUGCACUUAACCCUUCUAAUUCAGCGUGAGUUUAUAUUUCUUUUAUUGUUUCAUUUUCAUCAUCAACAAUUUCUACAACAGUUUCUCCUUAUCUAAACAAUUCUCCACAAACAUCUACAACAUCAAGUGGAUACAUAUAUAGAGACGCUGUCGAUAAUUAUAUAAUUCUCGGGAAAAGCUCUUUGAGCAAUUUUUUGGGAUAUAUUUAUCAAUUUACUCUAUGGAAUGUAGCUGUUUCAAAUUUUAAUGCCCAAUACUCAGACCAAAUAUGUGGCACAGGGGCAGUUGAUAAUUGUCUUUGAACUUGUCCUCUAUCUCAAUGAAUGAACGGAGUAAUAUAGAGGUUUCCUCUAUAUAGCGCUAAAAGCGCAGACAUUUUCCCAGGAGCUUUCCAAGUUCGUCGGACCAAAUCGCUUUUUGGUCCGACCAAGGCAUUGAUUUGGUGCAACCUACCGAUAAUUUCCGAUCAGAAUUUAUCGGCCUUACAGCGCCAAACAUAGGAAACUUCUAUACCUACAAAUUGUAACUCGUGCGGAAAUGGUUGUGUCAGAAGUGUAUCUUGCAAUGUGUGUGAUGAUCCUCUUUGCAGUGUUUGUACAGGGUUCUUACUUCUCCUACGGAGAUCAAAAGCGUUUGACAAUUAUAAUGAAGAAUCUAUAUGGUCUACUAAGAAAGCUUAUAUUUAAUACAUAUAAUGUUUACGAAGAAUAUCCAAAUAAGGAGCCUUUGUUUAGUUGACUAUUUAUAAAUGUAAUUAGCUAAAAUAAUGGUUAUCAACAAAUUUGAAAGCGAGAUAAUUUUCGGCUUACUAAAAAUUGUUCUUUAAGAGAUAAAUGCAAAUUAUUAUGAUUAUUAUUAAUUUUACUUUAAAAUAUUGCAAAAUACAUAUUAAAAAAAUAAAAAGAGAUACAAUUGUUUGGCCUGCACAUAGGGCAAGCUAGCUGGUUUAUGCACACAAUGCAUUUCUAAUGCGUCUGGAACUCCUUGUGCUUGCAAUAUUGGCUAUUAUUGAGAUUUAAACAGUGAUAAAUGCAUUCCAUGUGAUUAUAGCUGUAAAAAUUGUACAUCAUCAACUUCUGGAGACUGCAUUGUUUGUGCGCCUGGGUUUUAUAUGUAUUUAGGAUGGUGCAUUUCUGAGUGUCCAGAUGGAUUUGUAGAAAUCGGGUCAAUGUGUGUUGUAAAAGAUCCUUUCAUCUUUUACCUAUCUUUUGAUAUAACGAUUUACAAAUUUUUCUUCCACUCAAAAAUGUAUUGAACUUUUUAGCUUCGUUUUUGUCCUGUUAAAAUUACUGAAAAUUUAAAAACAAUACUAUGAAAAAAGUAUAACACUGAAAAGAUUUGCAUAGUUAAAAACAAAAUGAUUAUUAAUUAAAUAAAAUAUUAUAAUGCAGCCAAAUUAUUAUAAGUUAAAGACCUAUUAAUAAGAAAGAAAGGAAUCAGAAAACAGAUAGGUCAAUACUAACUGCUUUCUUACUUCUCGAAAAUUACAUAGCCAAAAAUUUUUAAGUAUUUUACACUUUUACUCAAAGUAUACACCAAGCUAUUAGAAAAUUUCUUAUUUAACUCUUGAUAUUCUUGCUAUUUAUUUAGAUUUUAAAUUUUUAAGGAUGAUUUAGGCAUGAACGAUGAUCCCACAUUAAUAAAUUCACAAAUAAGAAAAUAUUUCUCAGAGUACCAAUUCAGAAAGAAAAUAUUUUAUGAUUAUACUUAUGAUUUUCAAAAUAAAUUGGGCAUGUGUAUAGUUACAUAAAAUAUUGCAUCAGCGAUACUCUGGAAGGAGUUCUUUAUGAUAAGCAAAGCAAAAUUCCAGCUCUAACUGGAAACAGCACAGCUUUUUACCCAGAUUAUGAUGACUUUGAUCCAAUAGCUGCUUUAUACAGAGGGUUUUAUUUUAACGGAGUGAACUCGCUUAUGCAUUUACCUAUUUAUCCAGGCUAUAGCAGCCCAGUUCUUAGCUUUGGCUAUUCUUUCACUUUUUCUAUAUGAAUAAAUACUGAGGAUGGUUUUGGAACUAUUGUCUCAAAGCAAGAUUUGCUUUGCAAUCCAAUUUUCUCACUACAAUUAGCAGCUGGAGUUUUAAUAGUUGCGUUAAACUUUAAGAGUUCUGGAGUGAAUUCCUUCUAUUAUUUGCAAAAUCUUAAAUCUUACGAAUGAAAUCAUAUUGCAUUCACAGCAGAACACACAGCUCUGAAGCAGACAAAAAUGGCAUUCUAUUUAAACGGAAUUACAGAUCGUCAAAGUGAUAUAGGAUCUGACUAUUUUAAAGACACCAAAACAGAUAUUAGUUUUACAUUAGGGGCAGAAAAAGAUGUAUCUGGCUAUAAAAAUUAUUUUAAUGGAUUUAUUUAUGAUAUCAAGGGCUAUAAUUCAAUAAAAAGCAUAUCAUCACUGGCAUUAUCAGCUGCACAGUGCACAGAAGCCUGCAACGCAUGCCUUACAAAUGGGGCCUGCAUUCCUAACUGUUUAAUUAAUCAAUACUGGAUUGGCCCAGAGUAUAAUAAAUGCUCCAAGUGUAGCAGUGAGUGCCAUAGUUGUAGAGAUUCCAGUAAAUUUUGCAAUCUUUGUGCUAGCCAAAAGUGUGCAUCCUGCUAUAAUUAUACAGAAGAGUCCUGCCUUAAAUGUAUUUCUGGUACUUCAAACACUACAAACUGCUAA